AUGGAGACGGGUCGUGAAUCCAUGAUCGUCGCGCCACCGCCCCCACCGCUGCCGCCUACUUUUGUUGCUCCCGGAUUCCGAUUUCACCCCACUGACGAGGAGCUUGUGAGGUGUUACCUGAGGCGUAAGGUUUGUGGGAAGCCCUUUCAGUCUCAGAUGGUGCCGGAAGUUGAUAUCUACAAAUCUGAGCCCUGGGAACUUGCUGGUAUACAUAAUUCUUUCUGGUUUGAUGAUUAUCGAGCACCUAUCUGUUCGUUUAGGGUUGCUGUGUGGCUUCCGAUGGAUUUCUCGGGCAAUAACAUCCCACAAUCGAUCGAUCGUCUCCACCGGCUCACCCUUCUUACGUUUCUCCACCGGAUUCAGGCUGCGGACUCCUUCUUUCCUCUAUUCACCGCUAUUUCCGAUCACCACCGUCUCCUUGCUUUACUCUUUCACAAAUCGAUUGACGCUGCUUACAGAUAUCAGUUGUGGGUGAAUAGCAAGGUUUAUUGUGACUUUCAACAGAUUUCCAUGCUUGCAGAGCCAUUGAUAUUGACAUCUGUGUUUUUCUUUUUGUUUGUUGCUGCUGUGGCUUAUCUUCACAUGGACAUCUUAAUAAGAAAUUGA